AUGUUUUCUCCUGGAACACGGAAGGCCAACUAUGGCAGAAAGGAUCAAAAUGCGAACGACACGAGUAAUGUAGCAUCAAGAAGGUCUAAGCUAACUGUUGCUGCUGAUAAUGAUGCUUUGGCAUCACCGAAGACGCCGUUUCAAGAAAGCCGUGUUGUUCCUAAUCGGCCGUCCACCGGCACUCCGGCUCCUUGGGCAGCCUCUCGCCUCUCUGUCGUAGCUAGGAUCCCCCCUGUGAAGAGAACUGAAAAGGCUGAAGAUGUGGACCUUAUUAAACCUGUAUUUGUUGGAGAAUUCCCUCAAGUUCUACGUGACGAGCAACAAGCAGCUUUAAUGGCAAAACAAUCUCCUGGUGAGUUGUUCAUCUCUGGAGGAUUGGACAAGGAAACAUUGCUUGCUUGGGUAUUAAGCAGAAAUAAGUUGUUUAUCUGGAGUUACUUGUUUCCUACAGCUUCGAGAAAGUGCAUUGUUCUUGAUCUUCCUUCCAAUAUUUUCGGAUCUGGAGAUAGCAGCAGAAGUUCUUUGGGUUCUACUGAUUGGUUAAUAUGUUUUCUUGACUGGGAUAGCUUAAAUCGAAAUAGUCAUAACAUCAUCACACAAUGUAAUUCAGCUGGCAUCAUUUUGUGCAAUAGAAAAGCUCGAAUUCUUUUGUAUUGGCCAGAUAUCUAUUCUGAUGCUGGAAGCCCUCCAAUUGUGAGUUAUGCUCUUCCCGAGGAGUCAAGCUCCUUAUCAAGCUCCUUUACCUCUUUGAUAGCAACUCCAAUUCCUGGUGCCCCCCAUGUUUGUAUAUCCCUAGCUUGUAGUUCCAAUGGUGAGUUAUGGCAGUUUUCUUGCAGCCCCUCUUCCAUUGAAAGGAAAAAGGUGUACAAGGACACAACUUAUCUAGGCACUGAUGCCUGUCAUUCAGUUCGAAGCAAGGGGUAUCCGAGGUCGUUAACAUGGCACUCAUUGAGACCAUCUGAUGAAAGUAAAAGACAAUUUCUUUUGUUGACGGAUCGUGAGAUACAGUCCUUUUCAGUUCAAUUUACACCUGGUUAUAAUGUAUCUAAGCACUGGUCUCAUGAAAUCAUUGGGUCUGAUGGUGAUCUUGGGAUCCAGAAGGAUCUAGCAGGGCAGAAGCGCAUCUGGCCUCUGGAUCUACAGAUUGACAAUGAUGGGAAGGUUAUUACUAUUCUUAUUGCUAUCUUUUGUAAAGAUCGAAUCACCAGUUCAAGCUACACAGAGUAUUCACUUCUGAUCAUGCAAUAUAAAUCUGGAGUUGAUGUCACUGCAGAGUAUGUGAAUCCAACGUGUGAGAGGGUUUUGGAGAAAAAAGCUCCGAUCCAGGUAAUAAUACCCAAAGCAAGAGUAGAAGAUGAGGAGGUCUUAUUUUCAAUGAGGUUGAAGAUUGGUGGUAAGCCAGCGGGUUCUGUCAUUAUACUUUCCGGAGAUGGAACUGCUACAGUGUCCCAUUACUGGAGAACUGCCACGCGUCUUUACCAGUUUGAUCUCCCGUAUGAUGCUGGAAAAGUUCUUGAUGCUUCAGUUUUCCCUUCUUCAGAUGAUGGUGAAGAUGGAGCCUGGGCUGUCCUCACAGAGAAAGCUGGAAUCUGGGCGAUCCCUGAGAGGGCUAUUCUACUUGGUGGUGUUGAGCCACCUGAACGAAGCUUGUCGCGGAAAGGGAGCUCUAAUGAAAGAGUUUCACAAGAGGAGAGGAAGAAUCUCUCUUUUGCUGGUAAUUUUCCUCCCAGAAGGGCUAGCUCAGAAGCAGGAGAUGCUGGUGAUAGACAUCGGGCACCAUUAGCUGGAAUUGGACGGCGAAGUGCUCAAGAUGAAGAAUCGGAAGCAUUGCUGAAUCAGCUUUUCAAUGAUUUUCUCUUGUCUGGUCAAGUUGAAGGGUCACUUGACAAACUAAAACAUUCUGGAGCCUUUGAGAGAGAGGGUGAAACAAAUGUUUUUGCGAGAACGAGCAAAUCUAUCGUGGAUACCUUAGCUAAGCAUUGGACGACAACCAGGGGUGUGGAGAUUGUGGCUCUCUCAAUUGUGUCUGCUCAGCUGAUGGAGAAGCAGCAGAAGCAUGAGAAGUUUCUUCAGUUCCUUGCUUUAUCCAAGUGUCACGAUGAUCUGUGUACUCGACAGAGACUGUCAUUGCAAAUCAUCUUGGAACAUGGGGAAAAGCUCUCCGGAAUGAUUCAACUGAAGGAGCUACAGAAUACUAUUUGUCAGAGCCAUGGAAAUGGAGUUGGGUCUUACACACGUUCAGAGAGUCAGCUAUCUGGUGCUCUUUGGGAUCUUAUCCAGUUUGUUGGUGAGAGAGCCCGCAGGAAAACUGUUCUUCUGAUGGACAGAGAGAAUGCUGAAGUGUUUUACAGCAAGGUUUCUGAUAUCGAGGAGUUGUUUUACUGCCUAGAGAAACAUCUUGAUUGCAUAAUUGGUGAAGAUAUGCCUGUAACAUUGCAGUUUCGUCGAGUUUGUGAACUUUCUAAUGCAUGUGUGAGUAUAUUUUACUCUUCAGUGGAGUACAGAAGUGAGCAUCACCUCUGGUAUCCUCCUCCAGAUGGCUUGACACCAUGGUAUUGCCAUUCUGUUGUUCGGAGUGGCAUGUGGAGCAUCGCUUCUUACAUGCUUCGGCUUUCGAAUGAGGCAUCUCAUCUAGAAGAUGCCACCAAAUCUGACUUUUAUUCACAUAUGGAAGCCCUCACUGAAGUACUACUUGAAACAUAUACUGGUGCUAUAACAGCAAAAUCAGAACGUAAUGAAGUACAGAGAAGCUUACUAGAUGAGUACUGGAGAAGGAGAGAUGAACUUCUUGACUCUCUACACAAACAAGUGACAGGUUUCUUCCAGGAUUCAAGUGGAGGAACUGAAGGACAAAAUGGUGACAUCCUUAGAAAGCUGGCUUCUAGGUUGUUGUCUAUUGCAAAAAGGCACGAGGGUUAUCAAACACUCUGGAAUAUAUGCUGUGACUUAAAUGAUGCUGAUCUGCUUCGGAAUUUCAUGCAAGAGAGUGUCGGGCCAAAAGGUGGAUUUAGCAACUUUGUAUUCAAGCAGCUUUAUGACAGCAAACAAUACUCCAAAGUCCUGAGAUAUGGAGAGGACUUUCCAGAUGAGCUUGCUAUAUUCUUGAAGCCGCAUCAAGACCUUCGUUGGCUUCAUGAAUUGUUUCUUAAUCAGUUUUCUGCUGCUUCUGAAACUCUUCAUUUGCUAGCUCUGUCCCAGGAUAACUCUCAGGCUAAUGAGGAAGCUGAUGUUAAUCACAUAGAAUGCGGAACAUCCCUGGCAGAAAGGAAACGUUUUCUAAAUCUUUCAAAGAUUGCUGCCAUGGCAGGAAGAGACACUGAUUACCUUACAAAGGUGAAGCGCAUCGAAGCAGAUUUAAAUAUGCUGAAAGUGCAGGAAGAAAUUUCAGUACUCUGUUCUGACAUUGAUGAAAUGCAAAAGGUUGGUAAUGACAUUCGUCCUCCAGUAGACCUUAUUAAUCUGUGCCUCAAAAGCCAGAACAGGGUGCUUGCCUUGAGAGCAUUUGAUGUCUUUGCCUGGACGAGCUCUUCAUUCAUCAAGCGCAACACCAGUCUCUUGGAGGAAUGCUGGAAGAAUGCUGCGAAGCAGGAUGAUUGGGAAAGAAUCCAUCAGUUAUCAGUUUCCGAGGGAUGGACUGAAGAGGAAACCUUGCAUGCUCUUGAAGAAACAGUUCUUUUCCAAGCUUCCUGUAGGUGCUAUGGACCCGAAUCGAAAUCCUUUGAUGGUGGAUUUGACAUUUUCCCACCGCGAGUAGAGAGUCAGGAAUUGCCAUAUUCUGGGGAUCUAUGUUCAACAGUGGAAUCAAUCCUGAUGCAGCAUAAAGAUUUUCCGGUUGCAGGCAAAUUGAUGCUGACUGCAGUUAUGUUGGGUGUUGGAAUCGUCGAGGAGGCCCCUUCCCCGAUGGAAUGA